CCGCCCCAACAGUGCAUUCUGGGUCCAACCCAAGAUGGCUGCGCCCUUGCAGUAGUGUUGAAGAAGUGCCUCUCUGGAAUAUUUCACGAGAUUGUGUGUGAAUAACGAAAACCCUCACACCAAAUCAGCUACCGGGGUUGAUGGUUUGCAGAAGAGCACUUCACGGUCCCAGUCAUCGAUAAGUGUGGCCGGUGCGUGGUGGCUGUGGCAGACUGUCCGCGUGAAGAUGGGCCUCAUCUCCAGCCCCUUCCCAUAGCGAAGCGCCGUGGGGAGAGGAGCCGCAGAUUCCCCUGCAAACACACGCCCGUCCAGCUUGGCUUUGACGGCUUUGACAUAUUGUACAGAUUGUGGACGCUGCCCUACAAUUUUCUGACAAGGAUUGUUUGUGCCACUGUGUCUGUCAUCGUCCGGAGACGAAGAGCUUCCCCAAUUCGGGUUGAAAUUCCCUCCGCACCAAGGGCCCUGAUGAAAAUGGACUCAGACUUGCUUCAGUCGCCGGCCGUGGGCCUCACAGAGGAGGAGGAGGCCGACAUGAAUGACUGGAAACUUCCCCUGGCCUUCAUGAAGAAAAGGCACUCGGAGAAGAUUGAGGGCUCCAAGGCGUUAGCUCAGAGCUGGAGGAUGAAGGAUAGGAUGAAGACUGUUAGUGUGGCGCUGGUGUUGUGUCUCAACGUGGGAGUGGACCCUCCUGAUGUGGUCAAGACCUCCCCCUGCGCCCGGCUGGAGUGCUGGAUAGAUCCUCUGUCCAUGAGUCCACAGAAGGCCUUGGAGACCAUAGGGGCCAAUCUGCAGAAGCAAUAUGAAAACUGGCAACCGAGGGCGCGUUACAAACAGAGCCUGGACCCCACAGUGGACGAGGUGAAGAAGCUGUGCACGUCGCUGAGACGCAACGCCAAAGAGGAGCGGGUCCUUUUCCACUACAACGGCCACGGGGUGCCGCGGCCCACCGUCAACGGAGAGAUCUGGGUCUUCAAUAAGAACUACACCCAGUACAUCCCGCUGUCCAUCUACGACCUGCAGACGUGGAUGGGGAGCCCGUCCAUUUUCGUCUACGACUGCUCCAACGCAGGGAUCAUCGUCAAGUCCUUUAAACAGUUCGCCCUGCAGAGAGAGCAGGAGCUGGAGGUGGCAGCCAUCAACCCCAGCCACCCGCUGGCCCAGAUGCCCCUGCCUCCCUCCAUGAAGAACUGCAUCCAGCUGGCGGCCUGCGAGGCCAGCGAGUUGCUACCCAUGAACCCUGACCUCCCAGCUGACCUCUUCACUUCCUGCCUCACCACGCCCAUCAAGAUCGCCCUCCGAUGGUUUUGUAUGCAGAAGAGUGCCAAGUUGGUGCCAGGGGUGACGUUAGACCUCAUCGAAAAGAUCCCUGGCAGGCUCAACGACAGACGCACUCCCCUCGGAGAGCUCAACUGGAUCUUCACCGCCAUCACGGACACCAUCGCCUGGAACGUGCUGCCCAGAGAUUUGUUCCAGAAGUUGUUCCGUCAGGACCUGCUGGUGGCCAGCUUGUUUCGCAAUUUCCUGUUGGCCGAGAGGAUAAUGAGGUCUUACAACUGCACCCCGGUCAGCAGCCCCCGCCUGCCCCCCACAUACAUGCACGCCAUGUGGCAGGCGUGGGACCUGGCCGUGGACAUCUGCCUCUCUCAGCUGCCCACCAUCAUUGAGGAGGGCACCGCCUUCAGACACAGUCCCUUCUUUGCGGAGCAGCUGACGGCGUUCCAGGUGUGGCUGACCAUGGGAGUGGAGAACAGAAACCCUCCUGAGCAACUCCCCAUCGUACUGCAGGUCCUCCUCAGUCAGGUGCAUCGGCUUCGAGCUCUGGACCUGCUCGGACGCUUCCUGGAUCUGGGUCCCUGGGCCGUCAGUCUGGCCCUCUCAGUGGGGAUCUUCCCCUACGUUCUGAAGCUGCUCCAGAGCUCGGCCAGAGAGCUGCGGCCUCUGCUGGUCUUCAUCUGGGCUAAAAUCCUCGCCGUGGACAGUUCGUGCCAAGCUGACCUGGUGAAGGACAACGGACACAAGUACUUUCUGUCGGUGUUGGCCGACAGUUAUAUGCCGGCUGAGCAUCGCACCAUGGCUGUCUUCAUAUUGGCUGUUAUCGUCAACAGCUACACCACGGGACAGGAGGCAUGUCUGCAAGGCAACCUAAUAGCCAACUGUCUGGAGCAGCUGUCGGAUCCCCACCCUCUGCUCCGCCAGUGGGUGGCCAUCUGCCUGGGCCGCAUCUGGCAGAACUUCGACCCGGCGCGCUGGUGCGGGGUCCGGGACAGCGCCCACGAGAAGCUCUACACCCUGCUGACGGACCCCAUCCCCGAGGUGAGGUGUGCGGCCGUCUUUGCUCUCGGGACGUUUGUGGGGAACUCUGGUGAGCGGACGGACCACUCCACCACCAUCGACCACAACGUGGUGAUGAUGCUGGCCCAGCUAAUCAACGACGGCAGCCCGGUGGUCCGCAAGGAGCUGGUGGUGGCGCUGAGUCACCUGGUGGUCCAGUAUGAGAGCAACUUCUGUACCGUGGCCCUGCAGUUCAUUGAGGAGGAGAAGAACUACACAGUGCCCUCACCAGCUAACACUGCAGAGCCCGGGAACCUGACUCCAGUGAGGGACAGCCCUGCCAUCCCCCGCCUGCGCUCCGUCAACUCCUACACCAACAUCAGAGCUGCCACCACCGCCCGUAACCUGAACAAGAGCUUGCAGAACCUCAACCUCAACGAAGAGGGGGGACCAGCAGCCUUCUCUCCUGGUAACCUGAGCACCAGCAGCAGCGCCAGCAGCACCCUGGGGAGCCCCGACAACGACGAGUACAUCCUCUCCUUUGAGACCAUCGACAAAAUGAGACGGGUGUCCUCCUAUUCCUCCCUCAACUCCCUCAUAGGUGUUUCCUUCAACAGUGUUUACACUCAGAUCUGGAGGGUGCUGCUACAUCUCGCUGCAGACCCUUUUCCUGAAGUGUCCGAUCUGGCCAUGAAGGUCCUCAACAGCAUCGCAUACAAGGCAACCAUGAACGCUCGGCCCCAGAGGAUCCUGGACUCGGGCUCUCUCACCCAGUCGGCCCCCGCCAGCCCCACCAGCAAGGGCACACACAUCCACCAGGCCAGUCUCUGCUCCUCCAGUGGCUCCCCCCCCAUGCCCAGCACCAGCAGCUCCAGUCUGACCAACGAGGUUCCCAAACCCCCGGCUAGAGAGCCCCCGGCCACACGGCCCCCCUACAACCCCCACCCCGGGAGGGCAGGGCGCCCCACUCCCACCAGUUCCCCCCGCACCCGCAAGAUGUUUGAAAAGGGACCGGAGCAGGCGAGGGAGGAUGGUGACGAGCCAUGCCACAGGAACUACAUCAGCGCCUCCCUGCAGACGGGCCUCUGUGAUUGGAGCGCCAAGUACUUCGCUCAGCCCGUCAUGAAGAUCCCAGAGGAGCAUGACCAGGAGAGUCAGGUGAGGAUGGAGCGGCAGUGGAGGUUUCUGAGGAACACCCGCGUCAGGAGGCAGAGCCGAAACAUCACACAGAAAGGUGUUUCCCGUCUGGAUGAUCAAAUAUUCAUCAACCGCAACCCUGGAGUACCAUCUGUUGUGAAGUUCCACCCCUUCAACACCUGCAUCGCCGUGGCCGACAAGGACAGCAUCUGUUUCUGGGACUGGGAGAAGGGCGAGAGGCUGGACUACUUCUACAACGGAAACCCUCGCUACACUCGCAUCACCGCCAUGGAGUACCUGAACGGACACGACUGUUCCUUACUGCUCACUGCAACAGACGAUGGAGCGUUACGUGUCUGGAAGAACUUCGCAGACCAGAAGAACCCAGAGAUGGUGACGGCGUGGCAGGGUCUCUCCGACAUGCUGCCUACCACCAGGGGUCAGCCCGGCACCAGUCUGGCACGAAGGGUCUCCAUCUAUCUUGACAGGAGUAAGCAAGGAGGUGCGGGCAUGGUGGUGGACUGGGAGCAGGACACGGGACUCCUGAUGACCUCCGGAGACGUGCGAGUGGUCCGGAUCUGGGACACGGACAGGGAGAUGAAGGUCCAGGACAUCCCCACAGGGGCGGACAGCUGUGUGACCAGCCUGUCCUGCGACUCGCAGCGCUCCCUAGUGGUGGCCGGGCUGGGGGACGGGUCGGUGCGCCUGUUCGACCGCAGGAUGGGUCCCAACGACUGCCGCGUGAUGACCUACAGGGAGCACGGAGCCUGGGUGGUCAAAGCUCAUCUGCAGAAGGAGACAGACGGACAUAUUAUCAGUGUCAGUGUUAACGGAGACGUCCGGUUCUUCGAGCCGCGGUCACCGGACUCGGUCAACGUACUGCAGACAGUGAAGGGGUUAACGGCGCUGGACAUCCAUCCCCAGGCCAACCUGUUCGCCUGCGGGUCGAUGAACCAGUUCAUAGCCGUGUACAACGCUAACGGAGACGUGAUCAGCAACAUUAAAUACUAUGACGGUUUCAUGGGGCAGAGGAUCGGGGCCAUCAGCUGUCUAGCCUUCCAUCCUCACUGGCCCCACUUGGCGGUCGGCAGCAACGACUACUACAUGUCCAUCUAUUCAGCAGAGAAGAGGCUCAGAUAACACACCAGCAUUCACCACCACCCCCCCACAACCCAAAACAACCCCCCCAUAUGACUUCCUACCCUGAGCCUCGAGCUCAAGGAUGUAAAUGACGUUUUUUGUUGUACAUAUGCAAUUACCACCCUGAAUGUUCUAGUGAUGGCUGCUGACAAAAACUCGAUAUAUCUAUAUAGAUAUUAUUAUUCUCACUGUUUAUUCAUAUUCUUAUUAUGAAGCUAAUGAUUGUAGACUUGGCUGUGCUGAGGAGUGUGUAUAUUUAAAUAGCGUAUACGGAAGAAUAGAGGUUCUAUUUUAAAAGGAGUGGUACCCCCCCUCCCUGGCGCACAGCGAGCAUCAUUACCUGAACCACCUGUGGACCGAGGAGGUGGUGGGGGGGUCACCCAGAGGAUAACACACUGUUCAAAGACCUUCACUGGGGCAGGAAACACAAGAGUGGCCCUACGCUGGACCCCGGUGUGUUUAUACAUUCAUUUUAAUGUCCGUCUCAGAGCCGCAGCACUCGGAGCGAGACGUUUGCAGGGACGGACCAGAGAGGGAGGACGCUGCUCCCCCCCGACCACCAGGCGGACGUGACGAGUGUCUGUGUGUUAAAGUGUAUUUUAGCACAGAUGUGCCCCACAGUGGGUCCUCAUAGCCUUGGACUUAAAAAAAAAAAAAAAGAUGCCUGCUCCCGUGCCACAGCUCUCCUUCUUGCUUCCUUGACCCCAGCGUGCCAAACAUAAUCAUAUUUUCCAUGCAAGCUCCUUUUCCUGGGGGGUGUUUUUGGUUGUUUUACUGUUUUUGUUGUUUUAAGGUGUCGCCUGUAAAAAGGGAAAUCCUUUAUUGGCCCCAGGAUGAUACAUACGCUCAUUGGAGCUCAGUGAGAGGAGUUGGUUCUAAGCACCCAGUCCGCCAGCUAGCCUGCGGUACCCGCCCUGCAAAGCAAUAAAAACCCUCCCAUGAUUCUGCCUCAAGCUCCUCCCCGAAACCUAGAACCCCCCCAGCAUUAAAGGUGCCACAGUAUAGCAAUACAAACACACCCACUUCCAGGUUCCGCUAAAUUUUCGUUGACUCAUCAUCAAUCAGAGGAGGUAUCACCCCAUCUACUCACAGUGACAGGAAAUAUGUCAAUGUAAUUUAUAUUCCUGUGACUGAUUAAACUUUCUGCUAAUCUCAUGUCCACAUGUGGAAUCAAAAGAUGGCAGGAGAAACCCUUCAAGUAUUUAUUUUGACCUGAACACUGGUCUCAAAUCCCUUUUUUUAAAUGUUGACCCUGGAUCUAACUGCUGGGCAGCUUUACAAACGGUUUACACAACCUUCUCGCACACGGCUCUGUGGGCUUGGAGAUCUUUAUGUUAAGUGACUCAUCCGCCCCCCCGUAUAGAUCAUGUUUUAUUUUGAUAGAGCCUUGUUUUUUUUCCCAUCUUUAGUUUUGAUUUAGAUUUUACUGCCAGGCUUUGUUUGGUUUGAUUGUGUAAAGCAAAGUUGGACACAAAAAAUGAGUUGCAUCUGUCAGAGCUUUAACUGCGUACCUGAACAUGCUCACUUUUUCUGUGAGCCUCCUCAAACCCAUGUCGAGCACCUGCGAACCGGUCAAUGUCUCAGCGUGACGGACAGGUGAACUCGGUCACAUGACCGGCUGCAGAGAUCUUGGACAUUGUUGUCACUUAGGUGCUGUUCAGUAAGACUCCUCUCUUGUUAGAAGGUGGACCCUUGUUUUGUUUUUCGUGCAGUAUCACCAUCGACGGUCUUCCUCUGUGGGGCUGCAGCUUUGCUUAUUUAACUUUCCUUCUGUUUUGUAAUUUGUAUGUUUUUAAUUCUGCUGACAUUUUGUUUGCCUUACCCUCAGUGAGGUGGAGGGGAGAAUACAGCCUUACCCUCACACACUCAUAUUUAAAUCUUUCCUGCUAUUCCUGCCUUUAAUUGUAAACACACCCCAACAGCUGCCCCCUCCUUUCUUUCCUGCCUCGUCCAAAUCACCCCUCUGCAUCAGCCGUUUCCCAGGAGAAGGAACGGACUUGUGGAACAGAACAGGAACACACACCAACAGUUUUGACUGCAGUCACAUUAGUCCCCCCGUCACUGAGCUCUUUGACUCUGCGUGGUUAUCUCACCCUUCUUCACCCGACUCACUCAACCAACACACUGUAUUUUGGCAUCGGCCCAUUUGCUCAGAAUCACAUUCAUCUCUAAGUAUCCUGCUUUGAGUUUUAAGAUUUUAGAUCUGGAGAAAAAAGAAAGACUUUAACAAAGUAGUAAAGGAAAAAUGAAAACAAUCAGGUUUGUCUCUGUGAACAUAAACUGCUUUGCUGACUGGUUUAUGAGACAGGAGAUGAAAUAAACCAAAUACAACACCA